AGUGUCGCAUUCAUUGUCUCUGGGUUGAAAAACUCCAGGAACCUAGGGCAGCAUUUUUAAUACACAUUAUUCUCUCUAGGACUGUUGAUUUUAAUGAAGCAGGCAACAGUUAAUGUGAUUAGUGUGGAGCAUUCAUAACUGUUAGGGAGCCUCCUGCUGUGUCGGAUCUUUCUCUCAUCAACAUCACCAUGAUAUUAAGCAUCGCUCUGAUCUGGGCUGUAGUGGUGGGAUUCUGCUGCCUUCUAUGGCUUGCUGUAGGGAUACGACACAGGCAACCUGGUGAGCCUGCAGUUGAGAAUGGCUUCAUCCCCUACCUGGGUUGUGCUCUGCAGUUCGGGGCCAACCCUCUCCAGUUCCUCCGCAGCCGCCAGAAGAAGUACGGCCAUAUUUUCACGUGCAAAAUCGCAGGCCAGUACAUCCACUUUCUAUGCGACCCCUUCUCUUACCAUUCAGUCAUCAGACAGGGGAGACACCUGGAUUGGAGGAAGUUCCACUUUGCUACAUCUGUCAAGGCAUUCGGCCACGACAGUUUCGACCCUCGCCAUGGCCACACCACAGAAAACCUCCACCAAACCUUUCUGAAGACCUUGCAGGGUGAGGCUCUGCCCUCUCUAAUAGAGACUAUGAUGAGCCACCUCCAGGACGUCAUGUUGAGGUCGGACACACUCAGCCCCAGCAAGGACCACUGGGAGGUGGAUGGCAUCUUUGCUUUUUGCUACAAGGUGAUGUUUGAGUCUGGCUACCUGACUCUGUUUGGAAAGGAGCUAGGUGAAGACAAGUGUCAGGCUCGACAGGCAGCUCAGAAAGCCUUGGUGCUAAAUGCUUUGGAGAACUUCAAAGAGUUUGACAAGAUCUUCCCGGCGUUGGUGGCUGGCCUGCCCAUUCAUGUCUUUAAGAGUGCCUACAGUGCCAGAGAGAACCUAGCAAAGACCAUGCACGCUGAAAACUUGUCCAAGAGGGAGAAUGUGUCUGAUCUGAUCUCUAUGAGGAUGAUCCUGAAUGAUUCCUUAUCUACCUUCAAUGACGUGAGCAAGGCGAGGACCCACGUUGCUCUGCUCUGGGCUUCACAGGCUAACACCUUACCUGCUACUUUCUGGAGUCUCUUUUAUAUGAUCAGGAGUCCAGAUGCUAUGAAGGCAGCUCUUGAGGAAGUGCAGAAGGUUUUGGAGGAUGCAGGUCUGACAGUUAACCCUAACGACCCCACACUGAACCUCACCAGGGAGCAGCUGGACAACACACCUGUUUUGGACAGCAUCAUCAAAGAAGCCAUGCGUCUUUCCAGUGCUUCAAUGAAUGUGCGUGUUGCCAAGGAGGACUUCCUGCUUCACCUUGACAACCAAGAAGCUUACCGUAUAAGGAAAGAUGACGUUAUUGCCUUAUAUCCACCCAUGCUGCACUACGAUCCAGAAAUCUACGAGGAUCCCUAUGAGUACAAGUUUGACCGUUUCCUGGAUGAGAAGGGUCAGGAGAAAACCACUUUUUAUCAUAGCCACCGGCGGUUGCGUUACUUCUACAUGCCCUUCGGCUCUGGGGUCACCAAAUGCCCUGGCAGAUUUUUUGCAGUGUAUGAGAUCAAGCAGUUCCUGACUCUGGUGCUUUCCUACUUUGACAUGGAACUAUUGGACCCUGCUAUCAAAGUCCCGCCUCUUGACCAGUCCCGUGCUGGCCUGGGAAUCCUCCAGCCUACCUAUGAUGUGGACUUCAGGUAUAAGCUGAAAUCAAACUUCUAGGUCCCUCUGUCUAUGUCAGGCAGUGAUUGAAGUACAUAUUGUACAUAGCGUAUAUUUAACACUGUUAAUGAAGAUGCCUUGAUAUAUAUGUAAA